AUGUCGGAGCAAAGCUCUAGGAAAGAUUCUGACGAAUCUGGACAACGACAUUCUUCUAACCGUCAGCCGUCCGAAGGCGCCUCGCAGACCUCAAAUGAACCAAACCAACCCUCAGAACCUGCUCGUCACUCCUCCGGUCUCCUUUCACAGCCACCCGCUGGCCCGGCGUUUCGUGUGCCCAAGUCUCCGAUGGAUCGUCCACCAGCGAAGGCGCCCAAGGUGGCAAUACCAAGGUUACCAAACAAAGGGGAUUCAGCAGCUGGAGGUGGCAUAAAGUCGGGUGGUCGACAUCGGGUAAUGCAUGCUUGCGAGCCGUGCAGAUCACGGAAGACGAAGUGCUCAGGAGAAAAGCCUGCUUGCAGGCACUGUCAGGAUUUCAAAGUCAAUUGUGUCUAUGCAGAUGGAAAGAGAGAUAGGGCCAAAAAAGCUUUUGGGAGCCUAGCAGAGAAGUUCGCUGAUUUUGAAGCCACGUUGAAAGACUUGAGCUCCAGGGUUUGCGAAGAAGAUGCCAUUUUGAUCAAGACACUUCUCGAUAAGGAUGUCGUCUCCACCUAUGGUGAUUCGCCGGGUGCUCGUGACGCGUCGCGAGAAGUUGACGGUGUGUCUGAAGCUUCUGGGGAAGAAUCGGACGCUUCUGCCGGGGUAGGCUCUACAGGUGCUGUGGACAGGAUUGAGGAAGACUUCAACCGUAAUGAAGAAGCUCGUACAACAGGCUUCAUGGGCAAAAACUCGGAAGUCACCUGGCUUCAAAAAUUGCGACAAGAGACUAAAUUCGGUUCCCCGACAGACCGUGAUUCGGAGACAGAGUUUAGGAAGAAAACAGGAGGUGCAUCCCCACUCUUUUCACAUUACUCGCCCGCAAGCGAACAUAGAAAAACCAUGCCUGACGCCUGUGAAGGGUUUUCCGUACAUGAUUCGAGCUAUCACCUCGAUGAUUUUUCGAUAUCCAUGCCGGAAGCGAUCGACCGGUUUGAGAUCCCUCCUCGAGAGACCGCGGAUCUGCUCUUCAACGCUUACCUUGAAUCGGUUCACCCCACAUUUCCUAUCAUCGGCAAGAUAACCUUUUCUUCUCAGUAUAGGAAGUUCAUGGAGGGUACCUCUGUCAGUCCCGGUGAGAGAUGGCUUGCCAUCUUGAACAUGAUAUUCGCGAUAGGGGCAAAGUAUGCCCACCUGGUUCAAGCGGGCUGGAGAGGAGAUGAGCGGGACCACCUUCUUUACUUCUCCCGGGCCAGGUUGCUGAGCAUGAACGGCAACACCUUGUUCAACCAUCCAGACCUCCAGCAAGUCCAGGUUUCGGGAUUGAUAGCAUUUUAUCUUGUGGCUACAAGCCAGAUAAAUAGGGCAUGGACAAUCGGUGGCACUGCUGUACGUGCGGCCAUCGCGCUUGGGCUCAACAUGCGAAAUGAGUCAGUUCGAACACCUGACACAUCCAAAGAAAUUAGAUAUCGCGUCUGGUGGUCCCUCUACGGCUUAGAACACCUACUGAGUAUGAUGACCGGCCGUCCUACGGGUCUCUCUGAUGAGGCGUGCACCACUCCUCUUCCCGCUCCAGUGGACGAAGACGCUUUUCAGAGCCAGCAGGCUCUGAGCUUGUUAUGUUCCGACAUGCAAAGGAAUGCCAGGUAUCCGGGAUUACUCUACCGAUCACCAAACACUUCUGGUACAACCACCUCGUUGCCAGACAGAUCCCGUUCAAGUUCGAAACCAAGCAGCGUCUCAAGAUCGCCCUCUGCCCCGCAGCAUUUCGACCUCGAGUGGGCGAGGAAUGUGCCGCCCAGUACAUCUUUGUACUUUCUUCAUCAUAUCCUGUUGACCAAGAUUUCUCAAUCUGCUCUCAACAAGCUCUAUACGCCUGAAGCGAUGCAAACGAGUUGGUCACAAAUUCAAACGGUUAUCUCUGACCACGAUCGGAGGAUCGCCCAGUGGCAUAGUAAUCUGCCCAGUAUACUCGAUUUCAAGCGAAAGCAACGCGACCAGAAUUAUCUUCACCUGCGUAUGUGUCUAGGUUUCCUCUAUUAUGGCACUCGGAUUAUUGUGCAUCGUCCUUGUCUAUGCCGAUUGGACCGCAAAUUGCCGAACCAGUCGGCUAAAUCCCAAAGCUUCAACCGUGCCUCGGCAGCUAGCUGCAUCGAGGCCGCACGCGAGAUGCUGCAAAUGCUCCCGGAGGAGCCGAAUGCAGUAGGUCUCAAUCGGAUCGGCCCAUGGUGUUGCCUACUCCACUAUCUCAUGCAAGCCACGGUUGUUCUCUUGUUGGAAUUGUCUCUUCGUUCCUGCCAUAUGCCGGAAGAUGCCGAAGACAUAUUCGGGGCCACCAAAAAAGCAGUGCGAUGGCUGUACAGUCUGGGCGAAGACAGCUACAGUGCCCGGAGGGCUUGGGCUCUUUGCAACGAAAUGUUUCGAGAAGCUGCGCCCAAGAUCGGCAGAGAAGUGGACAACCUUCCGGAGCAGCCGCCCGGCCCUCUCGAUCAACCUUCUUACAGUAAUCCUCGCAGUGCAGAAUCGGAGCACUCGCCGGCAAUGGGCGGUCCUAUGCUGAUGCCAAAUAUACUCCAAUCUGGGGAGAACUUUACCGUGACGCAGUCGGACCUAGCGAACAUGGCGGCGUUCGCUGGCUACGAUGAAUAUAUCUUAUACCCUGGGGGUGAACGAUCAACGUCCUUUUUCCCGACUGCCGCCGAGAUGGAGUUCAUCUAUAGUGAACCACCCCAGCAAGACGGCGAUACUGAUCACUGCGAUGGUGUAUGA